AAAGAACAACCACCUACCUUGGUCAGAUCCCCAAAAACCCUGCAGCAGCAGAACCAGGCCAGUUUCAAGAAGCCUCUGUUCAAACAUCUGCCCAUCAGUGUUGCAGAAUGCUGUUCACCCUGUAUGAAUCAUUUUGGAAGGAUGAAUACUGGUUGCCCUCUGGGUACACGUGGGCUGACUUGGAAGAUUCAGAUGGCAUCACAUACCCUCAUCCCAAAGACCUGCUGGCAGUCAUUCCCACAACAUUUGUUUUAUUAGUCAUUAGAUAUGUCUCUGAGAGGUUCAUAGGAUUGCCCUUGAGUAAAGCCCUGGGUGUACGUGACUCCAUCAGGACCAAGCCUAUUCCCAACCCCAUCUUGGAGUCAUUUUUCCAGACCCACAGUAAGAGUCCCACAAAGGAUGAGCUGAAUCACCUUGCCAGCCAAUGCAGCCUCUCUAUGAGGCAAGCAGAACGCUGGUUUCGACAUCGCAGAAAUCAAGAGCGACCAUUAUUGAGCAAGAAAUUCUCAGAAACCUGCUGGAGAUUUUUAUUUUACUUCUGUUCUUUGUCUGGAGGCUUUCUCAUCUUCUACAAUAAAACCUGGCUUAGCCAGCCAGAGACACACCUGCAUGGAUACCCUAAGCAGCCUCUAAAUCCUGCCUUAUACUGGUGGUAUAUCAUGGAAAUCAGUUUCUACUUCUCCUUGCUGCUCACGCUGUCCUUUGAUAUAAAAAGAAAGGACUUCAAGGAGCAAAUCAUCCACCACUGUACUACUAUCUCUUUGAUGUCAGUAUCCUAUUGUGCCAACUUAGUCAUCUCUGGUGCCAUAGUGCUGCUCCUCCACGAUGUGUCAGAUGUCUUCCUGGAGGCUGGUAAGAUGCUAAAUUAUGCAAAAUGGAGAGUAGCUCAAAACAUUGUGUUUGUCUUCUUCACCCUGAUGUUCAUCAUUACCAGAAUCUUUUUCUUUCCAAUCAGAUUCAUCUACAUUGUCAUCUCUUUUUUUGAAACCAAUGGCCUGCAAAGCUUUGUAUACCACUUUUGCCUGACCCUCCUGUUGGUCAUAAUGAGUCUAAAUGUCUUCUGGACUUCGCUCAUCCUCAAAAUGCUCUUCAAACUUUUCUCAGAAGGCCAGGUGAAGAAAGAUGUGAGGAGUGACAGAGAAGAGUCAGACAUGAGUGAUGAACAGUUGACAACAAAACAACAAAGCGACAGAAGACUCCAGUCCGAUGAUGUCACAAAUAUUCGCUUCCGGAGAGUUCAAGGCACUGGUCAGCUUGUCACUGAGGCUGUCCCUAUGGCAUAACCUAGUCCAGCUCAAUUGAGGGUCCCUGGAUAACUCGCCUCCUGAAUGCCUGAAGACCAAAUCAUUUUGGGAAAUGUAUCAAAUUCUGACUGAGCAUGUUCCCAGAACAAAACUUGUAGUCUGGGGCCUUUCAUCUCUGUCUCAUUGCGUCUUUCUAAAUCUCUGUACCCUCUCUGCUGAAGCAGAGGAAGAAUGGAAUAUCUCUGCUAAGGAUUUUAUGGUGAAUUUAUUGGUGUUUCUAUUGAACAGUGUUUCCCCCCAAACCAUUGCCCUUGGACUUGGCUCCUAAAGACUAUCUCUUAGAAGAACAGAUUGAAGGGAUGAGAAUGAGGAGGGAAGCCUUUGAAACUUCCCUAAAUAGCCAUUUUUCAACCCAGGAUAAUCCAAACAUGUUUAAAUUAACCCUUCUCAACUUUCCAUGGCUCUCAUGGCUGACAAUCUUGCUUGAUAUUUCACUAAGAAGAAGCUUGAAUUCAGGCCCAGGCCACACACAACACUGCAAUAAACUCCUUUUGUCUCAUUUCCUGAAUUUUCCCUAUUACAAUGUGCAGCUUAAGUAAGAAUUUUUUCUUUUAAUGCUCUGAUGAGCCAGCCAAGAUGGGUCAUUUGCUAUCAUAAUUAUCACCGAGUAAGUCUACUCUGACUGCGCAUCUAGCACUCAGACUUUUAGCUGAUCAUAGGCUAGAGUGAAUUCUCCCAGUAAUCAGUCAGCCAGAAUCCAAAACUGAUUAUUUUUUGUACAUCAAGAAAAAGAACUAUUUGUGGAAGGAGGGCUGUGUUCUUGCUCAAUUUUAGGUUGCUACAAGGUAAGAUGAUACUAGUAUCAAUAUUGGGAUUGGGACCGGAUAAACCUCAUAUUGAAUCCCCCUUAGGCAAACUCUUAAAAGCUGGGGUAAGAUAAAACUGCAUGUUCAACUGAGAAUGUCCAAAGCAAAUGACUGGCCUUGGUACUUAGCAAAUUGUGAGAAGCAAAUUUGGCCAGAUAAUAUGAGAUCUUUAAUUAUUGUCAGCUGCAGGUGCUAAAAACCAGGCCUGAAGAACUGCAGCCUUUAAAAAAAUGGAUUAUUGGUUCUGGGGAACAAGGCUUACAAGCCAAGACUGCCCCUCAUUACCAUGUCCAUCCAAUCCAGAUUUUUCAAACAUACACACACAUCUACGUACACAUAUACACACAAACCAUGGUACUCUUAAGAAACCAUUUUUGUAGGGAAUAAUCAAUGAAAAGGGAAUUUAAGAAAGAAAAGGACAUAAAGAUUUAAUUAGGUACAUUUUUUUUUGAAAUGGAUGGUAAUAUUAACUUGUCCUGGGGAGGUGGGGUAGAUGAAGGAGAGAACUGCAAAGGUCUUUUAAAUUGCCCUUGCCUGUGAAGUUUUUAGGACUUUUUAUUCACACAAGGUAAUAAAAACCUAUCAACUUUCCUGGCAGUAUAUUAUGUGAAAUGCUAAAAUAAUGAAGUUUAAGAAAGCAGGACCACUCCCAUUUGAAAUGGAAAGGACUUACACAUUUGCUUACACUACAGAGUGAGUUUCAUCUGAAAUAUUUGACCAUCACUUAUGAAAAUUAUGAAAUUUUAUUUGUUCAUUAACAGUAUCUAUUGAAGUUGUAUCUUUGAAUCAACUUAAUAGUGAUAGACUUUAGAUUCAAAGAUUUCAUUUUGCCUUAGGGGUAAGGAGACAAUGCAGAUUGGAGGUUUACUGUAAUAAGCAUUUUUCUGGAGUUUUAAGUCAAUUAUCAUGUAUUUGCUAUUUAUGUAAAACUUUAGAUCAGGGGUCCUCAAGCUUUUUAAAUAGGAGG